AUGGUUCGUCAAAGUCAAAUGUUAUCCGCUUCCCCUUCAACUUUCUCACCUACUAGUUCCACUCCAAGGUGGCAUCAAGUUGAUAAGCGAAUAUGUUACUCAUUCCCUCGUACUAGAGAUAUUUCUAUUUAUGCUUCAGGAGCUUUGUUUGCUAUAGGAUGGUGGUCAUUCAUUGAUGGACUCGUGUAUUUGGCGAUGAAUAAAAGCGAAAAUUUAUCCAACGUUACCGUUCAAGAUUGGAUUUGUGGAAUAUUAACUACGAUUGGAAUGAUAAUAACACUCUGGAAAGCUAGAAGAAUUUUAUUAAUAGGCUAUACUCUUUUGGCAGGUGGUUUUAUUGGUUCUUUGACCGUCUUUUAUUUUGAUUAUAUAACACAAAACAGAACUAUGGAACAAUUUCAUUUUGGUAUUGCUAUGCUUAUUCAGAAUGUUUGUAUUUUGAUGAGCUCAGUAUAUAUUGAGAAUAAACUUUAUAUAUUGGGAGGAUAUAACAAUGGUCCCUUAGAUAAUUUACUUUAUUUGGAUUUAUCUAAUUCAUUUCAUAAAGAUCAUCCACCAUGGUAUAAUCUUGAUUUUCGCGAAAUACCUUUUGGAGUUUAUAAAGCAGCCGCAAAUUUUGGUGGAAUUGAUAAUUCAACAAUUUUUUUAAUUGGUGGAGAAAGAAGUGAAAAAAAUAUUAAUUAUGUUUAUUCAUUUAAUACCAAAUCUUUUGUUUGGAAUGACUCAUUAAUAAAUGAUGAUAAUGAUAAUCCCGAGUGGCAUAUAGACAUACAAGGGGUUACUGAUCGUAAUGGUAAAAUCUACAUUUAUGGUGGAUGGUUAUCUGGAAUUCGUUCCAAUAAAUUAUCCAUUUUGGAUACUUUAAGAUUAUCAUGGACAAUCGGUCCUUCUCCUGAUUCACAAAAUAGUCGUUAUGGGAAUACUAUUACAUUAUUAUCUAAUGGAAUUAUUGUUAUCAUUGGAGGAUAUGUUGAUGGUGGAGGUGGACUUUAUGAGAUUUUGCUUUAUGAUACAAAUGAAAACAAUUGGAAUUCCAUGAUUACUCAAGGGAUUAAACUUUCAGAUCGUGUUUAUCAUACAGCAGUAUUAACAAAUGAUGGUAAAAUAAUAGUUUAUGGUGGAACUAAAAAUAAUCAUGACCCUGAUUUAGUCAUUUUGGAUACCAACUUUCAACCUUUUAAAUGGUCAACUUUAGAAGUUAAUGCGAUUAAUAGUCCUCCAUCAUUAUUUGGUCAUACUGCUAAUCUAAUUGGAGAUUAUAUGAUUUUAGUAUUUGUUCCUAAACCUCCCGAACCACCAGCUAAAUCUAACAAAUCUUUUAUAUCAAAGAGAAUGAUUUUUCAAUUAUUUUGUGAAAUUGUAGUUAUUUUCCUUAUUUUAUGUGAAAAUUUAGAUCAAAAACAUAUUUCUACAUAUUUAUCCGUUAUAGCAAUUUAUAUUUCAUUCGUAUUUGUCUUCAAUCUAAUGUUAUUUUUUAGAUAG